GCGCUAACUAACGAUUCAAAUUGGUAGCUUUUUCACGUCAAAAAUCUUACGAAGUGUUCAAUCGCGAUGUCAAGUCCGAACUAUUUCAAAUAUCGCGUAUGAAAUUACGAUUACUGAAUCAUCAGUCAUUUACGAUAGUCGAAAAAAUGAAAAGUUUCGAUCUAUAUAUGAGCGUCACGAUAAUUAGUUAAUCGAUUUCUAUUGCACUUGUUUUAUAAUUCAUCAGGAUUGGUAGAGUCGUAAAAAUGACGAAAAAUUAUUUGACCAUUUAAAUGACUAUACUUGCCAGCGAUGCUUGUAUUUGUUUUAUAUGAAAAUAAGUUUUUCGGAAGCAAGUGCGAGAUGUGCGAAAAAAAAUCAAUUGGUUGGCGUGCAAAUUGAACGUGGCUGCGUGCACAGAUUGCGAGCAGACUUGAUCGGUACAUGAAAAAGCCACCCACACGGUGGAGUCGCGUCGCGCCGAGUUGCUACAGCGGCCGAACUGGCAAAGUCUCGACUACAUUUACCAACAAGAGAGUCUGUGUUUUGACUGUUUCGCGUUACGCCUCUGCAAAAGGCUUCAGUCUAUUCCGGUACUCCGGGCGCAUUGGACGCGCGUAGCAAGUGUUUCGCGCCUCGCAGCCCCCCGCAUCGCUCAUAUACCUACACGGCUUUGUUUACCUUUGGCCCUUUAAUUCUUGUUGUCGUAGCGUCACGAGUGUCUGAUUGCGCGAGUGCCGAGUUUGUGAUUCGCUGCCGCGUGCCCAAGUACGCGCACCUGUCAAGACCAAUACAUGUUAUUUUUCACCGGCUGAGCCUUGCAAAAUAAUCGACAGAUAAUCGAGCAAACAUGCCGGUGUUCCACACGAAAACCAUCGAGAGCAUCCUCGACCCGGUUGCCCAGCAGGUUUCGCGUCUAGUCAUACUACACGAGGAAGCCGAAGAUGGCAAUGCUAUGCCAGAUCUGGAGAGGCCUGUCAAAGCCGUCAGUCAAGCCGUCGCUAAUCUCGUCAAGGUGGGUAGGGAGACGAUCAAUUCGUCGGACGACGCGCUGCUCAAGCAGGACAUGCCGGCGUCUCUCAAACGAGUCGAGACGGCCUCUCAUCUUCUGGAGGAUGCCUCGGUCAUGCUCAAAGGCGAUCCCUACUCCAGUACCGCCAGCUCGUACGGUAAGAUGAUGUAUUCGUGCAGCUCCAUUACUCGCGUCGGUGGCGUUGCGUGGAGAAAAAAGCUGAUCGAGGGCUCUCGCGGUAUUCUGCAAGGCACUUCGUCGCUGCUGCUCUGCUUCGACGAGAGCGAAGUGCGCAAAAUCAUCCGGGAAUGCAAGCGCGUACUCGACUACUUGGCCGUGGCCGAGGUCAUCGAGACCAUGGAGGAUCUCGUUCACUUCCUGAAGAAUCUCAGUCCCUGCCUGAGCAAAGUAUCGGGCGAAAUAAGCGCCAGAGAAAAGGAGUUGACGCACCAGGUCCAUCGAGAAAUAUUGAUUCGUUGUCUCGAUCAGGUGAGAACGUUGGCACCCAUUCUCAUUUGCUCGAUGAAAAUCUUCAUUCAUAUCAUCUCGAGCGGCGGCAAGGGAGCCGAGGAAGCCGCAGAAAAUCGCAACUACUUGUCCGGCCGCAUGUCCGAGGAGAUCAACGAAAUAAUUCGCGUGCUGCAGCUGACGACUUACGACGAGGACGAGUGGGACGCCGAUCAGAUAACGGUGUUGAAGAAAGCUCAGAGCGCCAUCGAGUCGCGCGUCAAACCGGCCUUCGACUGGCUCGACAACGGCCGAGCCUUGAGGGGCGGCGUCGGCGAGAAGAGUCUCCGUCAGAUCGUCGAGCAGGCCGAGCGCUUGGCCGAGCGCUACCUAGCCCCGGCCCAAGCCGAGCCGAUCGCCAAGCUGGCCUCGCAGCUCACCACCAUGACGGACGCCCUGUGCGAGCUGCGCCAAAACGACAAGGGCACCUCGCCCCAGGGUGAGGCACUCGCUCGAGGCAUCAAGGACAAGGUGAACGAGCUGCGCUCCAACAUAUCCUCGGCCAUCGUAGCCGCGGACAAGUCGGGCACGGUGCAGACGGCUCAUACCGUGGCCGGUCGUUUGGAGCAGGCCAACAAGUGGCUGCUCAAUCCCCAGCACGACGACAAGGGCCUAGGACAAAAGGCCAUUGCGCUCAUCAUACAAGAAGGCAAGAAGAAUCUUGGAAUCGUGUACACGGUGGCGGAUGGCUUACCCGGUAUCCACAGGGUGGAGAUUCUUCAGCUUUGCGACGAGGUAGACAAUCUGUCGCACCAGCUGGGCGAGUUGUGCGCUCGCGGCGAGGGCAACAGUCCGCGCGCUCAGGACGUGGCUCGGAAACUGUCGCACAGCUUGCACGAGCUCAAGAACAAGAUCCAGCAGGCCGUGGUGUCGCGAGUCGUCGAGGACUUUAUCGACAUCACGACGCCGUUGAAGCAGUUCACGGAGGCCGUGCUCGCGGCCGAGGGCACGCCUCACAGGGAGCAGAACUUCAACGACAAGACGCUGGGCCUGCAGAGCUUCUCGAAUCGCGCCGCCAAGACCGCGCGGAUGGUCGCCGCCGGUGGCAGCGGAGGCAACAAGAAGCUCGCCGAGGCCCUCAACGCGACCGCCUCGCAGCUCGAGUCUCUCACGCCCCAACUCAUCAACGCCGGUCGCAUCCGCAUGACCUAUCCGGAGAGCAAAGCCGCCGACGAGCACUUUGAGAAUCUGCGCCUCCAGUACGCCGACACGAUUCAGCGGGCUCGGAGCCUCUGCGACGAGGCGACCGACAGCGCCGAUUUCGUCAAGGCCAGCGAGGAGCACAUGAAGAAGCACACGAUUCUCUGCGAGGACGCCAUCGCCAAAGCCAUGCCGCAGAAGAUGGUCGACAACACCUCGGCCAUCGCUCGACUGGCCAACCGAGUCAUACUCGUGGCCAAGCAGGAGAGCGACAACAGCGAGGAUCCGGCUUUCAUACAGAGAGUCAACCAGGCCGCCGAUUGGCUCCAGAGCUGUGUGGCUCCAAUGGUCCAGGACGCCAAGGCCGUGGCCAUCAACAUGCACGACGGCCAAUCCAUAUCCAACUGGCGCGACAGCAAUCGAGCCCUACUCGGUGCGGCUGGCGCAGUUAGGCAGGCCAUUACCGUGGAACCUGAAGCUUUAUCACCUGUGCCACCACCUCCGCCGAGUCUAUCGGCUCUUCGCAUCUACGACGGAGAAGAUGUAGCCGAUUUUACGAAAGAACGAUUUAUACCCGUUAUCGAAGAAAUUCAAAAAAUCGGUAGGACGAGUCAAGCCGAAGAUAUGGCUCCACCUCGGCCUCCACUGCCAAGUGGAGAGCUACCACCACCAAGACCACCACCGCCAGAGACUGACGACGAGGAUGAGAUGUUUAUGCACGCCCCUCAGCCUAAUCAACCGAUUAUGAUGGCAGCCCAUGGCCUCCAUCAAGAGGUGAGACAAUGGUCAAGCAAGGACAACGAAAUCAUUGCCGCAGCCAAGAAAAUGGCUAUUCUCAUGGGCAGACUGUCUGGUCUCGUGAGAGGCGAGGGUGGCAACAAACGUGAUCUCAUCGCUUGCGCCAAAGCCAUCGCCGAGGCUUCUCAAGAGGUCACUCGAUUAGCCAAAGAGCUUGCCAGAGAGUGUACCGACAAGCGUAUUCGUACGAAUCUUCUCCAAGUGUGCGAACGCAUUCCGACGAUCGGAACGCAGCUGAAAAUUUUAUCCACCGUCAAAGCGACGAUGCUCGGUGCACAAGGUACGGAAGAGGAUCAAGAAGCAACAGACAUGUUGGUAGGUAAUGCACAAAAUCUCAUGCAGAGCGUAAAAGAAACGGUCCGUGCGGCCGAAUGUGCAAGUAUCAAGAUUCGCACUGCCUCGGGCAUGAAAUUACGAUGGGUACGCAGACAGCCCUGGUACCAGUAUUAAUUUUUAAGUUUAAUAAUAUAAUCAUCUGCAGAAUAGAAAAGAAACAAAAAAAUAUCGUGAAUUGUUAUAACUAUUAAAUUUGUGCAUCAAUGUUAUUGCAUUGAAUAAUGUCAUUUAUGAAAAUUGUAUGCCAUUUUAGAAGUUAAUUAUUUAGUUAUACAUUAUUAUAUUGUGCAUUUGCUGACGAAUACAAACUUUAUGUAUCAAAUUAUAUCAAGUUAAAAUUUUUUCUGAUUUGCGUGAAUGAGAGUCUUGAAUUUCAAUUUAAAAUCAAACAAUAUAUUGCAGAUUCAACUGCCGAAUUGAUCGGUUGUAAUUUGAUCAGAAAAAUGCAAUAUCAAUUCGAAUUACUUCUGCGAUCGAAAAACUGAAUAAAUAUAAGUAUUUUUUUUUAAGUAUGGUCAAUCAACGUGAAAGCGCUAAUACGAAUAAAUUUUUUUAUUAAAACGAUUGAA